GCCCUACGCGCACCCGAUGGCGGCCAUAGGGGAGCGCGGUCUAGGGCUGCACAGGGCACCCUGUGCAGGGUCUGGGGCUGCUGUAGGGGCCGAGCUAUGGGCGCUGUAGGGACACCCCCGCAGAGCCGCCCCGCCGCAUGGGGACACACACAACCCGGCCCCGGCCCCGCGUCACGCGGCCCCGCCCGCGGGGUCAAAGCGCCUGCGCGCUGCGCAGCGGGUCACGUGCGGAAGCGGCACAGGCGCCCGGCGGCCCCGAAAGCGGCGGCGGCGGCGGGAGCGGAGCGGAGCAACGCAGCGCGGGCCGCGUCCAUGUCGGGCUUCGACACCAACCCGUUCGCCGACCCGGUGGACAUCAACCCCUUCCAGGAUCCCUCAGUGACACAGCUCACAAACACUAGCCAAAGUGGCUUGGAUGAAUUCAACCCCUUUUCUGAGAGUUCCCAGCUGACCAAUGCAGCACGGACGACGCCAGCCACGCAGCCCUCUGGCCACUCGCAGCCUGCUGUCCUGCAGACCUCCGCAGAGCCCACCUCCCAGGCCCUGGCUGCAGCAGCACAGGCUGGGCUCCUCCAGCAGCAGGCAGAGUUAGAGAGGAAGGCAGCUGAGUUGGAGAAGAAGGAAAGGGAAUUGCAGAGUAAUGCAGCCAGCAUUAAUCCAAGGCAAAACAACUGGCCACCUCUUCCCAAAAAGUGCCCAAUCAAGCCAUGUUUUUAUCAGGAUUUUUCUGCAGACAUCCCAGCUGACUACCAGCGGAUAUGCAAGAUGCUCUAUUACUUGUGGAUGUUGCAUUCAAUUACCCUGCUCCUAAACCUGCUUGCUUGCCUGGCAUGGUUCACAGUCGCGAUGGAAAGAGGAGUAGACUUUGGUCUCUCCAUCCUGUGGUUUGUUUUAUUCACCCCUUGUGCCUUUCUGUGUUGGUACCGACCAAUUUACAAGGCUUUCAGGUCUGACAGCUCCUUCAGCUUCUUCGUCUUCUUUUUCAUCUUCUUCUGCCAAAUUGCAAUCUACAUCAUCCAGGCUGUUGGCAUUCCUGGCUGGGGAGACAGCGGGUGGAUCGCGGCGCUGUCAGAGCUGCACGGGAACGUGGCCGUGGCUGUGAUCAUGAUGGUGGUGGCAGGAUUCUUCACACUCUGUGCCGUUCUCUCGCUCUUCCUUCUGAAGCAGGUGCACUCGCUGUAUCGGCGCACAGGAGCCAGUUUCCAAAGGGCCCAGGAAGAGUUUUCCCAAGGCAUCCUCACCAACAGGAGCUUCCAGCAUGCGGCGGCGGGAGCGACCUCCUCAGCUGUAGAGAGUGCUUUCCGGGGAAACUGACCCUUCCCGGGGCUGCCCUUCCUUCCUCUGCUUCCUCUGCCACUGUCACCCCGCCCUUCUCGGGGUUUGGGGUUUUGUGUUUUCUGAAGAUGCACUUUUUGGGGGUACUGUUAGUUGUGAUUCUGACGCCAGAUGAGGUCUGCGUUUUUAGCUUCAGUUGCCCUAUGUUCACAACGAUUAUUUUCCUUCCCUGUCUUGUUCUGGGGUAUGGGGAGAUAGGGGAGACAUUCUCUGAAGAAAAUAUAUUUCUCUAUCCAUAACA